AGUGACUCAGUAGGUAGAGACGGUAUAUACUGCCGCCUCCCAAGUUACUCAGUAAGGCAGUGAUUCUGUUUAGCAACCGAUACCAACGCGUGUGGGAUUAUUAGGUCGCAACUUGCUGGGUUAAGGAAACGGCACAGUAAGCAAUAGAAGUGUUUUGUUGCACCAGGACGAACAAAAUAUGGCAACAGUGAAUGGCUACAGUCACCAGGUACAAAAUGGCUUUACUCCACUGGUAGUUACAGUAAAUGGCCACACUCAACAAGCAGUAAAUGGCCACAGUCCACAGAAGGCAUCAGUAAAUGGCCAAAUGCAACAGAUAAUAGAUGGCCACAGUCCAGAAAUAGCAUCAGUAAAUGGCCACACUGUAAAGAAGGCAUCAGUGAAUGGCCACAACAAAAAAGGUGAAAAGGCAGUGGUCACCUUGGCCCCCAGUCCCUCCAGCACACCAACACGCCAGGGCAAGAAGCAGCCUCAGAUCUUGACACUGUACCCCUCCAGUACAGACACUCAGGCUGCCUCCACCCCAGCCACUUGCCACCACAAGACGCUGCUCUUGCCUGACACUGAAUACAGUAGCAAGAAGGAGAGCACUGCCACCCCUUGGAAGGACACUGUGCUGAAGAAGCUGGAGGGGCAGAAGUCUGGCCAGACACUGCUGUGGCUGCCAGGGAGUGGGCGGCAUGUCAGUGAGGGGCCAGACUCCUACCGGCCCUUCACCCACAUCACCCGCACGCUGCACCUGGAUGACGCCCUGCAGGUGUGUACCCACUGGCGCAUCCCACCCAAGAACGUAAUCACUUUCAGCAGCAUUGACUCUCGUUGCCUCCUGUCUGACCAUCCAUGUAGGGACCUGCGAGUGCUGUGGUUCAGUGCCAACGUGUCUGAGGAGGAGGAGGACGAGCACAACUGGUAUGGCAAUGUGGAGUUUGCUGUGAGUGCAUCUGUCCUGCUGGAGUGUUGGAGGUACUGUUUCAUGGUGGAGAUGAUGACCACUCCCACACACACCACCUCCCGCAUUCUACUCACCAACACUGACUUCUCCAGUGUGCUGCGCCCCUACAACCCCUUCCGUGCCGGUGGGCCGUGGCAGGUGUCCCCUGAGGGCCAGAUGGCACUGCACAGGUGUUCCCGGUACAAGUUCAAGGGGUACAACCGCCACCCUCACAUCCUGGAGUUUCUUCUGGAUGUGACCGAGGAGGAUGAGAAAAAGAUACUUCAGGAGUGCCAGCUGUCCUUCAAGAACCAUGAGGAGGCACAGGACCUGUCUGUGCCUCACGUGUGCAACAGACACCAGCGCGCCAAGACACCCUGCCCCUCACCGUUCCCUCGCACCACUACUGCCACGGUCUUUGUUUCUCAGCUCCAGAUGAUGAAAUGUUCCCUCAGCAAGAUCCCCAAGCUGUCCAGCAGUGCUAAACAGCUGUACAACAAGGCCUUGCUGGAGCUAGGCAUCCAGACAGCUGUGGUGCAUGAGGCAUCUUUGCCCAGUUUCAUGUUUGUUAAUAGUUUGUAUUCUCAAUGAAAUCCACAUCAAAGCACGUCUUCAUCACGGUUCUCACGGAUCAUCAGGUGAUUUUCAGGUCUUAGAUUCUCACCUAUAAGUGUCAUCCUCAUAUCAUUAAGUAAUAAUUUUUAGUUUUUGAGUGUGCAAUUGCACCAAGAAAUGCUGCCACAGAAUCCAAUGAAAUACUAGUAAAAUCUGACGAAACUUCUUAUGGCAACUAUAUUUAUUUUCAAUCCCAAAACUUUAUCAUAUUUUAUUUUUAUAUGAGAUGUAGAAUUGCCUGAGGGACCAGUGUGCAUGGGGCAGGCUGUGUAACCAUCGUAUGAAAGGAAAAAUUUUUCAUGGAAAGAAAAAUUUUGCAUACACCCUUUCAUAUUUGUCAUAUUAAACAAUUACAUGCACAGUGGUCAAGACAGAUGAGUAGAUCUGCUCUCUUUGGCAUGAUACUUCUGAUUCUCUUCCUGCAUAACAAGUACAGUUUGUGGUGAAAGAGUCACACUACAGAACUGUUAGUCAUGCUCAUGAGAAUUCCUUUCCUCACACCAACAUUCUUUCUAUUGUGCUUAUAACAAUGAAUUUUUAUUUAAGUUAUAUAAUUCCAAAGCUAUGGAUGCAGAUUAUUUAGGUAAUAUUUUUGUAUGCCCUUGUCCUCUUUACUCCUUAGGAUGUGGCAGGUACAAUCUCUGGCAUUUACACACACACACACACACACACACACACACACACACACACACACACACACACACACACACACACACACACACACACACACACACACACACACACACACACACACACACACACA